GGAUUCUAGUGAAGCAGCUUUCCUCAGUCGGUACCUACACUGUGGUGGGAUUUUUCAGAGAUGCGGCUGUCUAAGAUUCAACCACACCAAUCAGGGGCACUUCUGCUGCUGCUGCUGUCAAACUUGCUCAUGUGGGAGAAUGUGGCCUCUGUGCCCAGAUGUAUCAUGGACGAUGGAGGUUGCCAGAAGGUCCUCAACUACAUUUUUAACAUGACAAGCACUAUAUCUGAGAACUUCAACCACCUCUCUUCAGAAACAUUAAAUGAUUUUGAUACAGAGUAUGAUCCACACCAGAAAUUCCAGAACAGGCCCACCAUGACCUGUCACACUUCAUCCCGCUCUAUCCCAAACAACAAAAGGAAGGCUGAAAGAAUGCAGCCUGUGGUGCUUCUGAAUGUGACAAUGAGAAUGCUGGCUGCCUGGAAAAACCUUCUGUACCAUGUAGAAAACAACAUGGCUGAUCUCGAUGGAACUCCUUAUGUUAUCAUAUCAAAAGUUAAGUUGAUUGACAGACAAAUCAGAAAACUCACUAAAAAUCUGCAGAACAUUAAGACUAUACUCAGCCAGGUUCAUCCUGAACUUAAGAAAAAUGAAGACUACCCUGGCUGGUCAGGAGAGCCAUAUGUACAGCAAUCAAAAAGGAGAUUUCAACUUUUUGGUUUGCAUAGUUUGUUUGUCUGCUUGGACAAUGAUGCACAGAAGGUUUCUGAUUUCAUCAAUAUCCUGAGAGACCAAAUUUUGCCUAAUCAAUGAAAAGCCUUCCUAUCAUCCUUCCUAUCUAUUUCUGGGGCAGUCCAUACUGAUCCAAACCUUAAAAAGUUCUUUAAGUUUAAUAAUAUUUAUGUGUGAUUAAAUCUAAAGGGUCACUUCUUUUCAAAUUUUUUAUGUUUAAUUAAAUAUAAUUACACCACUUCUCCUUCCCUCUACCCACUCCUUGCCCCCCAUUGUCCCCUGAUUCAUUCUAAUCUUUAUAAAAUGAAUUUUUAUUAAUUAUAAUUCCACAUGCAUAUAAAGUAUUAUUGCUAUCUGUAUGUAUAAAUAAAUGAAUAAAUAUAUAAAUGUA